AAUGACGACUAUGGUCGCGCUUACCAACACUGGUUCAAAUAAUUUGCAAUACAUCCCCGCUGCGGCAAUUUUUUAAAUAUUUGGCACAAUCUGUUUAUUUAUUUGUUCGCUUCGUAGUAAAUUUUAAGAACUAACCGCUGAAAGAUUCCACAAGUGCAGGAAAGGCUGAGUUUCGGGCAAAACUGACGAGGCAACAAAGUGAUAUUCGCCUGACCCAUUCAAAGCGGCUGAAAGAUGCCAAGCGAAAUAAUUACUCUGCAGCUGGGACAAUGCGGCAAUCAAAUUGGAUUUGAGUUUUGGAAAAGGCUGUGCCUGGAGCAUGGCAUUUCUCCCAGCGGCGUGCUGGAGGACUUUGCAACAGAGGGCCUGGACCGCAAGGAUGUGUUUUUCUACCAAGCAGACGACGACCACUACAUACCGAGAGCCGUGCUGCUGGAUCUGGAGCCGAGGGUGAUCAACACUAUAAUGGGCUCUGCAUAUUCGAAACUCUACAAUGCGGAGAAUGUAUACCUAUCGAAGCACGGUGGUGGAGCCGGCAACAACUGGGCAUCUGGCUACAGUCAGGGCGAUAAACUGCAGGAGGAGGUAUUCGACAUCAUAGAUCGCGAGGCCGAUGGCAGCGACUCGCUCGAGGGCUUCAUACUUUGCCACUCCAUUGCAGGCGGCACGGGCUCUGGAAUGGGCUCGUUUAUCAUGGAGCGCCUGGCGGAUCGCUUUCCGAAGAAGCUCAUCCAGACGUUCAGUGUUUUCCCCAACCAGGACGAGAUCAGUGACGUUGUGGUGCAGCCGUACAACUCCCUGCUGACCCUGCGCCGCCUGACCAGUGCUGCAGACAGUGUCGUCGUCCUGGACAACACGGCUCUCAACCGGAUUGCCUGCGACCGCUUGCACAUCCAGAAUCCCAGCUUCUCGCAAAUCAACAAUCUGGUCUCCACCAUCAUGAGCGUGAGCACAACCACACUGCGCUACCCCUCGUACAUGAACAACAAUCUCAUUGGGCUGAUGGCUCCGCUGAUACCGACGCCCCAGCUGCACUUUCUCAUGACUGGCUACACGCCACUGACCAGCGAUUCGGAUGUGAACAGCCUGCAGACAGUGAAUGUGCGCAAGACCACCGUGCUGGACGUGAUGCGGCGCUUGCUGCAGCCCAAGAACAUGAUGGUGUCGACGGGACCCGACAAGACGAACCACCACUGCUACAUCUCCAUUCUGAACAUCAUUCAGGGCGAGGUGGAUCCCACACAAGUGCACAAGUCGCUGCAGCGCAUACGCGACCGGAAGAUGGCGCAGUUCAUCCCGUGGGGCCCCACCUCCAUCCAGGUGGCCCUCUCCCGCUCCUCGCCCUACGUGCAGAGCAACCACCGCGUGUCCGGUUUGAUGCUGGCCAACCACACCAGCAUCUGCUCGCUCUUCGAGCGGGCACUCAACCAGUACGACAAGCUGCGCAAGCGUGGCGCCUUUCUCGACCAAUUCAAGCGCGAGGACAUAUUCAAGGAUGACCUCAAUGAACUGGAUGAAUCGCGUGAGACGGUGGACUGCCUAGUGCAGGAGUAUGAGGCUGCCACACGCGCCAAUUAUUUGGAGUUUUCUGUUAAGCGAGCAUCUGAACAAGAAGACCCCAGGACUCCUGAUGAUGCCAAGUCGGUGGCCGGCGGUAGCGGCUAGCUCUCGGUGCUUCCCUUCUCCAAUUGCGUGCCAUGGAAUUCCUUGAACCACGUCUUUGAUUCAUGUUCCCAGAAUAAGUAUUGAAAAGCUUGCAGUUUGUGAAGACGAAUUUGUGUUAAUUGCUUUGUAUUCAAAUACAAUAAACUCGAAAUUACAUAUUA